ACUGUCUAAUGAAAGAGCGAUUACAAAUCGUAACUGACUUAUCAAAGAGAAAGAGGCUUCGUCUUCGUCUCUCAGAGAGAGUUUUUAGUUGAGUUGGGUCGCCUCCCUUUCUUCGCUGGCGAUUAUUCCUACGCACACUUUCCUCGUUAACUCCGCCUUCUCUUCCCUUACUCUUUAUACCUUUCCCUUUCCCUACCUUUCUCUUCCCCAAACUUCUCUCAUUUUCAUUUCCACACACCUCAAAUGGCAACAGCUUUCUCUGCUGCCAACUUCACCUCCCAUCUUUUCGACCUCAAUGGAUCUUCUGACAGGCGUCUCUUUGAUCCUCUCAAACCUCCACCUACCACCUCUUUCUUCGGAUCUACCCGCAAACUUCGAUUCGAUUCUCGUGCCGCAUCGAAUCGACUGGACGCCCGCCGUCGAUCUGCUGUCGUUGCCGUUUCCGACGUCGUUAAGGAGAAGAAGCUCAAGCAGAGCUCGAAUCUGUUGAUCACCAAAGAGGAAGGCUUGGAGUUGUACGAAGAUAUGGUUCUGGGAAGAGCAUUUGAGGACAUGUGUGCCCAAAUGUAUUAUAGAGGAAAGAUGUUCGGAUUUGUUCACCUGUAUAACGGACAGGAGGCUGUGUCAACUGGAUUUAUCAAGCUCUUGAAGAAGGAGGAUUACGUUGUGAGCACAUACCGUGAUCACGUGCAUGCCCUGAGUAAAGGUGUCCCAGCACGUGCUGUGAUGAGUGAGCUCUUUGGCAAGACCACUGGUUGCUGUCGAGGACAAGGUGGAUCCAUGCACAUGUUCUCGAAAGAGCAUAACGUGCUUGGUGGAUUUGCAUUUAUUGGUGAAGGCAUUCCUGUGGCAACUGGUGCAGCCUUUACUAGUAAGUAUAGGAGGGAAGUAUUGAACGAGGCAGAUUGUGAUCAUGUAACUCUAGCAUUUUUUGGAGAUGGUACAUGUAACAAUGGCCAAUUCUUUGAGUGUUUGAACAUGGCACAGCUGUGGAAGUUGCCAAUUGUGUUUGUUGUGGAGAAUAAUUUGUGGGCAAUUGGGAUGUCCCAUUUGAGGGCAACUUCAGAUCCUGAAAUUUGGAAGAAAGGGCCUGCAUUUGGGAUGCCAGGAGUUCACGUUGAUGGUAUGGACGUUUUGAAGGUGAGGGAGGUUGCCAAGGAAGCAAUUGAAAGGGCUAGGAGAGGAGAAGGUCCUACAUUGGUGGAGUGUGAAACAUACCGGUUCAGAGGACACUCUUUGGCUGAUCCAGAUGAGCUCCGUGAUCCUGCUGAGAAGGCCCGGUAUGCUGCCAGAGAUCCCAUCACAGCUUUGAAGAAAUACAUGACUGAGAACAAACUAGCCAGUGAAGCAGAGUUGAAGGCCAUAGAAAAGAAAAUUGACGAGGUUGUUGAAGAUGCUGUUGAAUUUGCCGAUGAGAGCCCUCACCCAGCCCGCAGUCAGCUCCUUGAGAAUGUGUUUGCAGAUCCUAAAGGUUUUGGAAUUGGACCUGAUGGGCGGUACAGAUGUGAGGAUCCCAAAUUUACUGAAGGCACUGCGCAUGUGUAACCAUGUCGGUGGGACUCCCAGCAGUAUAACUCAAGGUGCUAUUUUGGUUGAUGGUUGCAUGGUUUUAUGUUUAGUUACUGCUAGCAUUCACGUAUCACUUGUUAGUUUAAGGUUAGUGUUUGUGUAAGCAGAAUAUGUUCUUUAAUUUAAAUUUUGAGUUUUUGUUCCCGUUAACUUUAUAUGGGUCUGUGGAGGAAGUGAAUUAAAUUCGAUAAAAUGAGCCUCAUUCUCCAGUAAAACUGUAGCAGGGGCAAAAAGAUAAGUGCCAUAAAUUAGCAACUAUCCUUUUCUCUGUCAAAGCUGCUACCAUGUUCCAUAAUAUGUUAAUAAACAACCAUAGACUUUAUGGCAGGUUUUGUGCUAAA